GUGGGCGGCCGUCGGGUCCAGGAAACAGCCUGACGUGGCCUGGUUUGAGCCUCCCCUGACCGGCGCCAAGAGGGAGACGGGGGGCGCCAAAGGAAGGAGGCACUCCAGGCUCCGUCAUGGAGACGCGCUACAACCUCAAAAGCCCGGCUGUUAAACGUUUAAUGAAAGAAGCUGCUGAACUGAGGGACCCAACAGACCAUUAUCAUGCACAGCCCUUAGAGGACAACCUUUUUGAGUGGCAUUUCACUGUCAGAGGUCCUCCAGAUUCAGAUUUUGAUGGAGGAGUUUAUCAUGGCAGAAUAGUACUACCGCCGGAGUAUCCUAUGAAACCACCAAGUAUUAUUCUCUUAACAGCCAAUGGCAGGUUUGAAGUUGGAAAGAAAAUUUGCUUAAGCAUCUCAGGACACCAUCCUGAAACAUGGCAACCUUCAUGGAGCAUAAGAACCGCCUUGCUGGCCAUUAUUGGAUUUAUGCCAACGAAAGGGGAGGGAGCCAUAGGGUCUCUAGACUACACACCUGAGGAAAGACGAGCACUUGCUAAGAAGUCACAGGAUUUCUAUUGUGAAGGAUGUGGAUCACUUAUGAAGGAAGCUCUCCUACCCUUAACAUCUGGAAGUGCCUCAAGUCAGGCAGACAGAGAGGCCAAGGAACUUGCUAGGCAAAUUAGUUUCAAGGCUGAAGUUAAUUCAGCUACGAAACCUGUUGCCGAACCUGCCGACCCGUCAGGAUUUAACCACUUGACCAGUUCAGCCGAACAUCAACAAGAAAGUACAACUCCAGCAUUCCAGGACACAACCACCAGCGAAAUGUCUGAGAAUCAGACCAACUCAGCCACCUCAAGUCAAGAAGAGCGUACCCAGCCUGCUUCAAACAAUACUUCCAUGAGCCCUCGUGAGCGGCGUACACACCAGAGUAGGGUGCCAACUUCAACCAAUUUCAAUCAGGUUCAACAGCCCAGAGUCCACACAAGCCACCUGGGGUCAAAUAUGCUGAUUUUCCUUCUUGUUUUAGCAUUGGCAGCUCUUAUAUUUAGGCGUAUAUAUCUAGCCAAUGAGUAUACAUUUGAAUUAUGAGUUUCUCUCAUAAGAACAGUGACUUGAAUGCUUUAUUAAAAUGUUCUAUGUUGGAUAUGUCAUGAAGAUUGUUUACAUAAAAUUACUUUUUGUAUUUACUCCUUUUAAGUCUGAAUGUUAAUGUACCAUGGGAUACAUUAAUAUCUGCAAGAAAUAUACACCUUGAUAUUGGUGUGAAUAUGGACUAUUAACAACCUAUACAAACUGAGCAGAUAACUUCAGAAGUCACGUGGAGAAUAUAUUUCUGCGUUAGGAGGAUGUUUAAGGAGUAAGAGGACUGAACACAUCACUUGUGAGCUUUGGGCGUAAUUUUAACUGACAGGGACAUAAAAUUGUGGUUUUAUGCUGGCAUGGAUAAUUAGUCAUAGUAGAGUGACUAUAAACAUUUACCUGAGAGAGGGUUUCUUAAAUUGAAAUUCAAGUAGGUUUGCAUACCGAAUGUCAUUAAAUUAAAGAGGAUGGGUAAGUUGUUAAUAUUUUGUAAGUACAUUCAUUUCCUAUACAGUAAAUCUGGGAUGGGUGGGAAUUCCUUAAAUUGUGGGAAUGUUAUCCUCCAUUAAAAAAGGGGGCCAGAACAUAGUUUGCUUUUCAUUUUAGUUUUAAUUGUCCAGACAUUAGGAUAAUAUUUUGAGAGAUUUCAAUGUCAUUUUCUAAUAUUCUCUUGUGUAUACCUUUUAUUUAAAUUUGAAGAUCCUGGAAAUAGUUAUAACUAUGUAAUAUUUACCCAGAGCUUAUUGACUAUGACUUAUUCCAGAAAUAUAUAUAAUGCUUUGAAUUGACUGUUUCAUGUGCCCAUAAAAAUUAAAAGCAUUUUCAAAACCCAUA